AUGAUUCUCCUGCGCCUGGAGCUGCAGAUUCUCCUGCGCCUGGAGCUGCAGAUUCUCCUGCGCCUGGAGCUGCAGAUUCUCCUGCGCCUGGAGCUGCAGAUUCUCCUGCGCCUGGAGCUGCAGAUUCUCCUGCGCCUGGAGCUGCAGAUUCUCCUGCGCCUGGAGCUGCAGAUUCUCCUGCGCCUGGAGCUGCAGAUUCUCCUGCGCCUGGAGCUGCAGAUUCUCCUGCGCCUGGAGCUGCAGAUUCUCCUGCGCCUGGAGCUGCAGAUUCUCCUGCGCCUGGAGCUGCAGAUUCUCCUGCGCCUGGAGCUGCAGAUUCUCCUGCGCCUGGAGCUGCAGAUUCUCCUGCGCCUGGAGCUGCAGAUUCUCCUGCGCCUGGAGCUGCAGAUUCUCCUGCGCCUGGAGCUGCAGAUUCUCCUGCGCCUGGAGCUGCAGAUUCUCCUGCGCCUGGAGCUGCAGAUUCUCCUGCGUCUGGAGCUGCAGAUUCUCCUGCGCCUGGAGCUGCAGAUUCUCCUGCGCCUGGAGCUGCAGAUUCUCCUGCGCCUGGAGCUGCAGAUUCUCCUGCGCCUGGAGCUGCAGAUUCUCCUGCGCCUGGAGCUGCAGAUUCUCCUGCGCCUGGAGCUGCAGAUUCAGCUGCGCCUGGAGCUGCAGAUUCAGCUGCGCCUGGAGCUGCAGAUUCUCCUGCGCCUGGAGCUGCAGAUUCUCCUGCGCCUGGAGCUGCAGAUUCUCCUGCGCCUGGAGCUGCAGAUUCUCCUGCGCCUGGAGCUGCAGAUUCUCCUGCGCCUGGAGCUGCAGAUUCUCCUGCGCCUGGAGCUGCAGAUUCUCCUGCGCCUGGAGCUGCAGAUUCUCCUGCGCCUGGAGCUGCAGAUUCUCCUGCGCCUGGAGCUGCAGAUUCUCCUGCGCCUGGAGCUGCAGAUUCUCCUGCGCCUGGAGCUGCAGAUUCUCCUGCGCCUGGAGCUGCAGAUUCUCCUGCGCCUGGAGCUGCAGAUUCUCCUGCGCCUGGAGCUGCAGAUUCUCCUGCGCCUGGAGCUGCAGAUUCUCCUGCGCCUGGAGCUGCAGAUUCUCCUGCGCCUGGAGCUGCAGAUUCUCCUGCGCCUGGAGCUGCAGAUUCUCCUGCGCCUGGAGCUGCAGAUUCUCCUGCGCCUGGAGCUGCAGAUUCUCCUGCGCCUGGAGCUGCAGAUUCUCCUGCGCCUGGAGCUGCAGAUUCUCCUGCGCCUGGAGCUGCAGAUUCUCCUGCGCCUGGAGCUGCAGAUUCUCCUGCGCCUGGAGCUGCAGAUUCUCCUGCGCCUGGAGCUGCAGAUUCUCCUGCGCCUGGAGCUGCAGAUUCUCCUGCGCCUGGAGCUGCAGAUUCUCCUGCGCCUGGAGCUGCAGAUUCUCCUGCGCCUGGAGCUGCAGAUUCUCCUGCGCCUGGAGCUGCAGAUUCUCCUGCGCCUGGAGCUGCAGAUUCUCCUGCGCCUGGAGCUGCAGAUUCUCCUGCGCCUGGAGCUGCAGAUUCUCCUGCGCCUGGAGCUGCAGAUUCUCCUGCGCCUGGAGCUGCAGAUUCUCCUGCGCCUGGAGCUGCAGAUUCUCCUGCGCCUGGAGCUGCAGAUUCUCCUGCGCCUGGAGCUGCAGAUUCUCCUGCGCCUGGAGCUGCAGAUUCUCCUGCGCCUGGAGCUGCAGAUUCUCCUGCGCCUGGAGCUGCAGAUUCUCCUGCGCCUGGAGCUGCAGAUUCUCCUGCGCCUGGAGCUGCAGAUUCUCCUGCGCCUGGAGCUGCAGAUUCUCCUGCGCCUGGAGCUGCAGAUUCUCCUGCGCCUGGAGCUGCAGAUUCUCCUGCGCCUGGAGCUGCAGAUUCUCCUGCGCCUGGAGCUGCAGAUUCUCCUGCGCCUGGAGCUGCAGAUUCUCCUGCGCCUGGAGCUGCAGAUUCUCCUGCGCCUGGAGCUGCAGAUUCUCCUGCGCCUGGAGCUGCAGAUUCUCCUGCGCCUGGAGCUGCAGAUUCUCCUGCGCCUGGAGCUGCAGAUUCUCCUGCGCCUGGAGCUGCAGAUUCUCCUGCGCCUGGAGCUGCAGAUUCUCCUGCGCCUGGAGCUGCAGAUUCUCCUGCGCCUGGAGCUGCAGAUUCUCCUGCGCCUGGAGCUGCAGAUUCUCCUGCGCCUGGAGCUGCAGAUUCUCCUGCGCCUGGAGCUGCAGAUUCUCCUGCGCCUGGAGCUGCAGAUUCUCCUGCGCCUGGAGCUGCAGAUUCUCCUGCGCCUGGAGCUGCAGAUUCUCCUGCGCCUGGAGCUGCAGAUUCUCCUGCGCCUGGAGCUGCAGAUUCUCCUGCGCCUGGAGCUGCAGAUUCUCCUGCGCCUGGAGCUGCAGAUUCUCCUGCGCCUGGAGCUGCAGAUUCUCCUGCGCCUGGAGCUGCAGAUUCUCCUGCGCCUGGAGCUGCAGAUUCUCCUGCGCCUGGAGCUGCAGAUUCUCCUGCGCCUGGAGCUGCAGAUUCUCCUGCGCCUGGAGCUGCAGAUUCUCCUGCGCCUGGAGCUGCAGAUUCUCCUGCGCCUGGAGCUGCAGAUUCUCCUGCGCCUGGAGCUGCAGAUUCUCCUGCGCCUGGAGCUGCAGAUUCUCCUGCGCCUGGAGCUGCAGAUUCUCCUGCGCCUGGAGCUGCAGAUUCUCCUGCGCCUGGAGCUGCAGAUUCUCCUGCGCCUGGAGCUGCAGAUUCUCCUGCGCCUGGAGCUGCAGAUUCUCCUGCGCCUGGAGCUGCAGAUUCUCCUGCGCCUGGAGCUGCAGAUUCUCCUGCGCCUGGAGCUGCAGAUUCUCCUGCGCCUGGAGCUGCAGAUUCUCCUGCGCCUGGAGCUGCAGAUUCUCCUGCGCCUGGAGCUGCAGAUUCUCCUGCGCCUGGAGCUGCAGAUUCUCCUGCGCCUGGAGCUGCAGAUUCUCCUGCGCCUGGAGCUGCAGAUUCUCCUGCGCCUGGAGCUGCAGAUUCUCCUGCGCCUGGAGCUGCAGAUUCUCCUGCGCCUGGAGCUGCAGAUUCUCCUGCGCCUGGAGCUGCAGAUUCUCCUGCGCCUGGAGCUGCAGAUUCUCCUGCGCCUGGAGCUGCAGAUUCUCCUGCGCCUGGAGCUGCAGAUUCUCCUGCGCCUGGAGCUGCAGAUUCUCCUGCGCCUGGAGCUGCAGAUUCUCCUGCGCCUGGAGCUGCAGAUUCUCCUGCGCCUGGAGCUGCAGAUUCUCCUGCGCCUGGAGCUGCAGAUUCUCCUGCGCCUGGAGCUGCAGAUUCUCCUGCGCCUGGAGCUGCAGAUUCUCCUGCGCCUGGAGCUGCAGAUUCUCCUGCGCCUGGAGCUGCAGAUUCUCCUGCGCCUGGAGCUGCAGAUUCUCCUGCGCCUGGAGCUGCAGAUUCUCCUGCGCCUGGAGCUGCAGAUUCUCCUGCGCCUGGAGCUGCAGAUUCUCCUGCGCCUGGAGCUGCAGAUUCUCCUGCGCCUGGAGCUGCAGAUUCUCCUGCGCCUGGAGCUGCAGAUUCUCCUGCGCCUGGAGCUGCAGAUUCUCCUGCGCCUGGAGCUGCAGAUUCUCCUGCGCCUGGAGCUGCAGAUUCUCCUGCGCCUGGAGCUGCAGAUUCUCCUGCGCCUGGAGCUGCAGAUUCUCCUGCGCCUGGAGCUGCAGAUUCUCCUGCGCCUGGAGCUGCAGAUUCUCCUGCGCCUGGAGCUGCAGAUUCUCCUGCGCCUGGAGCUGCAGAUUCUCCUGCGCCUGGAGCUGCAGAUUCUCCUGCGCCUGGAGCUGCAGAUUCUCCUGCGCCUGGAGCUGCAGAUUCUCCUGCGCCUGGAGCUGCAGAUUCUCCUGCGCCUGGAGCUGCAGAUUCUCCUGCGCCUGGAGCUGCAGAUUCUCCUGCGCCUGGAGCUGCAGAUUCUCCUGCGCCUGGAGCUGCAGAUUCUCCUGCGCCUGGAGCUGCAGAUUCUCCUGCGCCUGGAGCUGCAGAUUCUCCUGCGCCUGGAGCUGCAGAUUCUCCUGCGCCUGGAGCUGCAGAUUCUCCUGCGCCUGGAGCUGCAGAUUCUCCUGCGCCUGGAGCUGCAGAUUCUCCUGCGCCUGGAGCUGCAGAUUCUCCUGCGCCUGGAGCUGCAGAUUCUCCUGCGCCUGGAGCUGCAGAUUCUCCUGCGCCUGGAGCUGCAGAUUCUCCUGCGCCUGGAGCUGCAGAUUCUCCUGCGCCUGGAGCUGCAGAUUCUCCUGCGCCUGGAGCUGCAGAUUCUCCUGCGCCUGGAGCUGCAGAUUCUCCUGCGCCUGGAGCUGCAGAUUCUCCUGCGCCUGGAGCUGCAGAUUCUCCUGCGCCUGGAGCUGCAGAUUCUCCUGCGCCUGGAGCUGCAGAUUCUCCUGCGCCUGGAGCUGCAGAUUCUCCUGCGCCUGGAGCUGCAGAUUCUCCUGCGCCUGGAGCUGCAGAUUCUCCUGCGCCUGGAGCUGCAGAUUCUCCUGCGCCUGGAGCUGCAGAUUCUCCUGCGCCUGGAGCUGCAGAUUCUCCUGCGCCUGGAGCUGCAGAUUCUCCUGCGCCUGGAGCUGCAGAUUCUCCUGCGCCUGGAGCUGCAGAUUCUCCUGCGCCUGGAGCUGCAGAUUCUCCUGCGCCUGGAGCUGCAGAUUCUCCUGCGCCUGGAGCUGCAGAUUCUCCUGCGCCUGGAGCUGCAGAUUCUCCUGCGCCUGGAGCUGCAGAUUCUCCUGCGCCUGGAGCUGCAGAUUCUCCUGCGCCUGGAGCUGCAGAUUCUCCUGCGCCUGGAGCUGCAGAUUCUCCUGCGCCUGGAGCUGCAGAUUCUCCUGCGCCUGGAGCUGCAGAUUCUCCUGCGCCUGGAGCUGCAGAUUCUCCUGCGCCUGGAGCUGCAGAUUCUCCUGCGCCUGGAGCUGCAGAUUCUCCUGCGCCUGGAGCUGCAGAUUCUCCUGCGCCUGGAGCUGCAGAUUCUCCUGCGCCUGGAGCUGCAGAUUCUCCUGCGCCUGGAGCUGCAGAUUCUCCUGCGCCUGGAGCUGCAGAUUCUCCUGCGCCUGGAGCUGCAGAUUCUCCUGCGCCUGGAGCUGCAGAUUCUCCUGCGCCUGGAGCUGCAGAUUCUCCUGCGCCUGGAGCUGCAGAUUCUCCUGCGCCUGGAGCUGCAGAUUCUCCUGCGCCUGGAGCUGCAGAUUCUCCUGCGCCUGGAGCUGCAGAUUCUCCUGCGCCUGGAGCUGCAGAUUCUCCUGCGCCUGGAGCUGCAGAUUCUCCUGCGCCUGGAGCUGCAGAUUCUCCUGCGCCUGGAGCUGCAGAUUCUCCUGCGCCUGGAGCUGCAGAUUCUCCUGCGCCUGGAGCUGCAGAUUCUCCUGCGCCUGGAGCUGCAGAUUCUCCUGCGCCUGGAGCUGCAGAUUCUCCUGCGCCUGGAGCUGCAGAUUCUCCUGCGCCUGGAGCUGCAGAUUCUCCUGCGCCUGGAGCUGCAGAUUCUCCUGCGCCUGGAGCUGCAGAUUCUCCUGCGCCUGGAGCUGCAGAUUCUCCUGCGCCUGGAGCUGCAGAUUCUCCUGCGCCUGGAGCUGCAGAUUCUCCUGCGCCUGGAGCUGCAGAUUCUCCUGCGCCUGGAGCUGCAGCCUUGGCUCAUCUCGCACCUCGACGAUGCCGUUGAUGACCCAAGGGAAGGAGUUGAGCGGCCCCAGCAGCACGUUGAAGAGCGCUAG